UUCACGGCCACGUGUACAGUACUGUCGUGACGUCGCACCAGUGAAUCGUUUGUUCCUUCAUUCAAAACGGUUGGUAUUCCAGCUCCUUCAUCCUCUCUAGCGCACAUUACAAGAUGCAUAGCAUUUACGCUCGUGCAAAUGGUGUAUCUGGUCUUUGGUCAACGUGUGUUAUGGCUUUACUUGCGGCUGUAGCUCUUUCCUCCUUCCUCUUCAAUGCGAAUCCUCAGGGUAGCCUGGAUAUUGUCUCCCUGAAGGUGUUCCACUCCAAAACGAGGCGCUAUCCUUUCAGAAACGAGGAAAUUGGUUUUGUUAAAUUUAACGUUUCGGCUGACUUCACACCACUUUUCAACUGGAACACGAAGCAGCUAUUCUUGUACCUUGAGGCCGAGUACGCAAACGCACAAGGGGUCAAUAACACGGUUGUUGUCUGGGAUCGCAUUGUGCGGAGAAAAGAGGACGCCAUAGUCGACGUUGUACAGAAAGACAAGUACAGACUUCGCGAUCUGUCGGGUUCUUUCAGCGACGUACUUCCCGCUCAAUAUUCCCUUAAAUACAAUGUCAUGCCGUAUGUUGGCAUGCUCAGCUAUGGAGAAGCUGCCCGCACGCUGGAGCCUAUCGACUUUCCUGACGCCCGAGACUCUGUGUCAUAACCGUCACUUACCAACUUAGACUCGAUGUCACCAGAGGUAGCCUAGCGUCACGAUCUAGUUACAUAACUACAUCCCUUGGGUAUCGAGUCUUGAACUACUUUUUACGACGAGAUUUGAGUAUUAUAUUUGAGAGCAAAAUCAUGCAAGUCGUGUAUGUACUUGUGUUUGCUGGAGUCUAGGACCGAGUGCAAGGUCUAUAUUUCUCGGAGAGACAUUUUAGCGAGCUCAAC